UAUAGUAUUCGAUGGCAGAAAGGAGGAACGUCGUCGAAGAAAAAGUUUUCUUUCGCUUGUGUAUCAGCCAGUGGUGAAAAUUUUGUUGUUUUUCAAGUGAAAAAUCGCUUUGAUCACUACAAGAUGAGCGAAUUUCUUAAGUCAGCGAUUAACUACUUCAACACAGGCCCCGGUUGCGGGCAGGAUAAUGAUUUUGUUGGGCAGAUCGUAGAAAUUGCAAACGUAAAACUGCGGAUCAAACGUGUUAUUGCCGAAGGCGGUUUUGCGUAUGUUUAUGUAGCUCAGGACGUCCAGACUGGCAACGAGUAUGCCUUGAAGCGGUUGUUGGGUGCCGACAAGGAAGAAUGCAAUAACAUUAUCCGAGAGAUCAAUAUGCUCAAACAGGUGUCAGGUCAUCCGAACAUUAUAAAGUUCAUAGCAGCCACGUUUAUCGACCGCACUCAAAACUCCACAGCCAAGCGGGCCGAGUAUCUGUUAGUGACGGAGUUGUGCAAGGGUGGUUCGCUUUAUGACUGCCUAGAGCGAGAACUAGCACCGGAUACUGUGCUGCGAGUGUUUUAUCAGGCUUGCAAAGCGGUAGCUCAUUUGCACACGCAAACGGUUCCGAUCAAUCACCGAGAUAUUAAGAUUGAAAAUUUUCUCAUCGGCUGCGAUGGACAGCUCAAGCUAUGUGAUUUUGGAUCAGCAUCAACCGAUACGUAUGCUCCUGAUGUUAGUUGGAAUGCUCACCAGAGAGAUUCGCUCGAAGAUUUGCUGGGACGCUGCACAACUCCAAUGUAUCGUUCUCCUGAACAGCUCGAUACCUGGGCCAAUUAUCCGAUUGGUAUCAAAACUGAUAUAUGGGCUCUCGGAUGCAUACUGUUCUGUCUAUGCUAUCGAAAACAUCCGUUCGAGGAUUCAGCCAAGCUGAGAAUAAUCAAUGCAAACUACACGAUACCGAACGAUUCGCGGUAUAUGUGCUUUAAUGAGAUUAUCAAGGGAUGUCUUCAGGUUGAUCCGACCAAAAGAUUUGAUAUAGUAAUGACGUUAGACCGUUUAGCAGCAAUAUCGGAAUCAAAGGGAUGGCCAAUAAAAGCACCGCUUGGAUUGAAUGGAAAACCUUUGAAUACUCCACCAAGCGGUCCAUCUCCCAAUCCCAGCCCAAUGCAUUUGCCGGACGUAACGUCAAUUCCUCAACAUGCGCCUCCUCAACGUCCGGCACCGCCGCGGCCUGCACCGGUUGGAAAUAAUGCUGGGCCGCCUAUGGAACGGAAGAAUCCACAGCGCCCACCAGACCCGGUGCGGCCACCUCCGCCGGUAAUAGCACCUGCCGCUCACCAUUAUCCUCAUCAACCACCGAUUGGAGUGCACGGCGGAGGAGGUCUUUUCUCAUCAAUCAAAGGAGGUGCAGGAAGUUUUUUGAAAAAUCUGAAGGACACAUCUUCGAAGGUAAUGCAAACCGUACAACAAAGUAUCGCUCGAACGGAUUUAGAUAUUAGCUACAUAACACAAAGAAUUCUUGUUAUGCCUUGUCCUUCGGAAGGUCUUGAGUCAACAUACAGAACCAAUCACAUCGAAGAUGUUAAGUUAUAUUUAGAGAGCAGAUAUCUUCCGGCGAAAAUCAGCAUCUAUAAUCUGGGUCCACGUAGUUGCCCUCGAUUACCUCCACCAGUUCGUACAGUUGAGGGCAGUUUCAUCUACUCACCCGUUCCAGUAUCAUACAAAGCUCCGAAUUUGACAGGAUUGUAUGCAUUGGCAGAGGAUAUGUAUGGCUUUUUGAACGCCGACCCCAAGACGGUGAUAGUAAUUCAAAGUCCUGAUUCUGGAAAGGCCCUCGCUGCCACAAUGGUCUGUGCUUUGCUGGUAUACAGUCAGCUGGUAACUGAACCCGAGGACGCUAUGCAGAUAUUCGCAGUUAAACGGACUCCUCCAAGUAUGAGAGCUUCAGAACUUAGAUACCUUUACUAUUUAGGUGAUUUGGUUCGAUCGGUGCCGCAUUUGCCACAUUAUAAUCCGGUAACACUGGUUUCGGUAACUGUCAGUCCCAUUCCCAGGAUGACAAAGGCUCGCGAUGGUUGUCGAGUUUACAUUGAAGUUGCUUCUGGCGAUCGAAUUGUUUUCAGUACACUUACCGACUAUGACCGAAUGCGAUUAUAUGCUGCUACCGAGGGAAAACUUUCCCUCACAUUGAAUGUGACCGUCUGUGGUGAUGUUACGGUAACUCUGUAUCAUGCUCGCAAUGCCCUCGGGGGCAUGGGUCGUCCUCAGGGGUUGAAAAUAUGUCAAUUCCAACUGAACACCGGAUACAUUCCGGAGGAAGAAACGCUAAUAAAUUUCACCAAAAACGAACUGGACGAUGUUCCGGACGUUGAACACGUUCCACACGGAUUCAAUGUUGCUUUGUCCGUAUUUGUUGGCGAUUCCGAGCGACCUCCUUCAACACAACCGCCUUGGACACCACCCAAAGCGCCCAGAGAUCCUAAAGUUUUAUUCGCUUCGCAACUAGAAUACGAGGAAAAUGUGGAUAACUUCAUUUCAAAACCAACAUCCAAAGCGUCUGCAGCUCCACAACGACCACCCCCUCGUCCAGCUCCGCCUGCUUCUUCUUCGUCUUCAACAGAACCGCCCCUAGCUAAUCAAACAUUGGCACCAGUCAUAAACGAGAGCCUGUCUACUCCAAACGAUGCCGACCUUUUGAAUCUUAGCAACGCUAGUCAAAACAAUUCCGAAGAAACACAGCCAACUAAAGACGAUGCUAGCUUUGAUUUGCUAGCAGGUUUCGAACCACCGGUAAUUGAGGAUAGCCAAUCUAAUGCUAAUAGUGCUCAUCCGCCAGCUGGUUUGGAUGACAUUUUCGGUACUAUCGGCACCAGUACUGGCCCGGUACCACUUCAAACCACCAAAUCCAACACGGACCUGAACGGACUAAAUCUUAAUUUUGACAACUUUGGUGGUAUCGCAAAACCGGCCGCUCCGAAUGACUCUGUUCCGAAUGGAGGUAAUAAUAAUCAGUACAACAAUAGUUUCGGAUUCGAUCCGUUCGCAGGAAUCAGUGCAAGUGCAUUCCACAAUAGUCACCAGUCACAGCCCGCACAGGUGCAACCACCUCAACCAGCCAGUAAGGAUCCUUUCGCCGAUAUCGGAAACCUGGCGUCCAAUCUGGGUGCUGGAGGUUGGAAUAAACCUGGCAAUGUUCCAACUACGACACCCAGCCCACGAUCUACUCAGUUUUCUAGUCCAACGCACCAGUAUAGCGGUGCCACCACAGCCAAUGUCUCCCCGAAAGCUCCUUCCACUCCAAUCCAUCAAAUGCGAAGUCCAAAUGAUGCACAAAGACCGGACUACAGUCGGUCUCAUUUCGAACCACCAAAACCGCCGGGACAGAGCAAUGGUUCGAACGGAGGACCGAAGGAGAAAUCCGGUGAUAUCUUUGGAGAUAUUCUGGGUUCUCAAGGAUACUCAUUCGCUAGUGGAAAAAAUCAAGGACCUCGGACGAUUAACGAUAUGCGAAAAGAAGAACAGGUUAAAGAGAUGGAUCCGGAGCGGCUCAAGCUAAUGGAAUGGACUGAAGGAAAGAAAAGCAACAUCAGAGCACUUCUAUGCACAGUGCAUACGGUUGUUUGGCCCGGUGCAAAGUGGACAAAAUGCGAGAUGCAUCAGCUGGUCAGUGCUGCCGAUGUGAAGAAAAUGUAUAGGAAGGCAUGUUUGGCGGUACAUCCUGACAAACAUACCGGCACCGAAAACGAAAGCAUGGCCAAGCUCAUAUUCAUGGAACUAAACAAUGCAUGGAGUGAGUUCGAAAACGAUGCUACGCAGCAAAAUUUAUUCGCCAAUUAAGUGGACAUUGGGGCGCUCGAGUUUGUACUAAUUCCGGCAGUUUUAUGUAUGUACGAGUCAUCAGUCGAAUCUGUUUCAACUAUGUGACGUUCCGUAAAUGACGAACAUUCGUAAGUAUAGCUUAUCUCGUUGUUACACAAUACGGCACAGAGCUGAUUCACCAGAUUUCAUAAAUUUCUUAACCUGUUAUCGCUCUUCAGCUACUGCUGCAGCAGUAAGUGUGUUAAUUUGUUAUUACGCUUUCUUAAAAUAAAAAAAAGCAACAAAACAAAUUCAAGAUCAAUUGUAACGGCUGAAAGGAUUGGAAUAGCUUACUGAAAACAAAUUUAGUAUGAAUACAGUCAAAACGGUCGAGAAACUGAGGAGCAAAUUAUAGCGAUGCAUUUGGUAUAUCGAGUUCUAUAAUUUAUGGUAUUGAUAGAAUACUAUUGCUUGACACUAGCAAUUUCAAAACUGUUUUUAAUUCUGUUUUAUUGGAUAUACACUAUGCAAGAACAUUUUAAUUUUCAAAAUUCGAGAAUAUUUUGAAAGUAACAAGAAAUUAUUGGCGUGACAAAACAGAACUGUUAUGCUGAUGUCUUGUUUUGAUUUGAAAAAAAAACGAAACAUUUUUGUUUGCUAUAUACCUUCAUUAUCAAAAUUAUUUUGUGUAACAUUUUUGGCAAUCAUUCAUACAAAAUGUAGUCGAGAUUGACAAGAAGAAAAUUAAAGUAUAUCUAUGUUGUAAUAUUCAAAGUAUGUUUAUUUUUCAAAUCUAAUUUCAUCCUUAUUAAAGCAAAGGCAUUUUUUAAAAUAAUUUUUGGUUUACUGCUCGUUUUAUUGGCUAUACACUAUGCAAGAACAUUUUAAUAUUCAAAAUUCGAGAAUAUUUCGAAAGUAUCAAGAAAUUAUUGGCGUGACAAAACAGAACUGUUAUGCUGAUGUCUUGUUUUGAUUUGAAAAAAAAAACGAAACAUUUUUGUUUGCUAUAUACCUUUAUUAUUAAAAUUAUUUUGUGUCACAUUUUUGGCAAUCAACUCAUACAAAAUGUAGUCGAGAUUGACAAGAAGAAAAUUAAAGUAUUUCUAUGUUGUAAUAUUCAAAGUAUGUUUAUUUUUUAAAUUUAAUUUCAUCCUUAUUAAAGCAAAGGCAUUUUUUAAAAUAAUUCUUGGUUUACUGCUCGUUUUUUUUGUUUGAACUAUUGAUUGUACUAACAGGUUUUGAGGAUUUUUUUAGAACCGAAAGCUUCCUUGGUGCUCAAGCAAUGUCAAAUCUUGUUCAAACUAAUAGAAGAAAAUUAAUAUAUUCUAGGUGCUUCAAUAAAACAUCUUGCCAAAGCCACCAGUUUCACCAGACAUUGCUUCUGCUGAUUUCGUUUUGAUUCGGUCGUAAAAUCCAUUUGCUAUCUCUAAGAUUGCUAAACGUUUCUGUUGAUUUCUCGGAAUAAACAUAAAAAACCCUCAAAGCUUAUUAUAUUAUUAUAUCGUUUAUUUUGACCCGGCUUUAACUAAAUUGUGGUCGUUCGCCUGGCUCCUAAAAGCUUUUUUUUUAACCCAAUAGUAUAACUUGGUUUGAAUAAUCAUCUCGAAUUGGCGAAUAAUUAGAAAUUUACAUGAUUAAUUGUCAUCGCUCAACUUCGAAGUCAUUUCUUAUACAAUAGAAUUCUUUCAAGCUAAAGUUAAGUUAGUUAAUCGUUUCUCGGUCGUACCGAACCAAUUCAACAACUAUGAAUUCACCCACAAACGAAAUAUCUUAGGCAACCGAAAUCUACAUCACAUUUUGCUGUGUCAGUAUCAGCGAUUCUGAAACAGUUUAAUUCGAAAUGUCUGGAUCGUUACUUAAAGAAAAACAAAUAGUUCCGAGAUUAUACUAGGCACUGAAACAACAUCCAACAUCUAUCCUAUAAUACAACACGAUAUAUCUACACCCUCGAUGUGAUCCCUCCUAGCACCGUCAAAUGAAAGCAACUAGUAUAUUCCCUCAAAAUGAUUCUUAAUCGUAAAUUAGCCAGUGUAAAAAAUGCAAAAGAUUACGAUUACUAAACCGUUGUUGAUUGUGAAUGUAUCAACUUACUGACUAGUUUAGCAAAAAAGUAAUAAUAAUACUAAAAAUCUAAAGCAAAACAAAUUAUAUAUUACUCAGCAUUCUGUUUGAUAAAGAUAAAGGUAUAGCAAAGCGAAAAAAAAACUGUGAUUGAAGAGAUAAUCGGAAUGUCUGUGCAAGUUAGUGUCGUGUGCCGGUUGAUCAAAGCUAAAAGAAUUGAUUUGUAUUUCAGUUAGUGUAAGGUUAUACGAUUAUGUUAAGCAAAGGUAAACAUAAAGCAACAUUGAUGAACUGACUCUUGUGUUUUAUACUAAUUUACUGACUGUUCAAGUCAUCAACUAGUUCUGCAGGGACAAUUAAACUUUGUAUAUAGUUUACUUCGAAUUCACUAAAAUAGAAGAUUAGAAACUUUCUUUCCAUUAUAUUGAGUUUAGUUGUAUGGUUCAUGAGCAAAUAAUUGCAAUAAUUUUAAUUAAUAUGGAUCAGCUAGUUAUCAAUUAAUUUAACCGUUCGAACGAGCAUUCCUGUGGUUCCAGUUUAACAGUAUAAAAUUUUGACGACAUAUUUUUUGUUUGCAUUCGACCGCGUGUUAAUAUGCUUACCUUUAUUUUAUUAGGAAUGGCGUGAAGACAGUGAGGUAUGGUUUGUAAAGCAAAUUAGUGUUAAAAUAUGUUCAAUGAGUUAUUCUUCGACAAAGAAUUAAUGUCGAAUGUGAAUAUGUUCAUCUAUAUAGAUACCCUAUUUAUGAAGAAUAAUAGUUAAUAUAUUACUGCUAUUGAUGAUCAUUAAAA